GUUUAUUGUUAUCGUAUAACAAAUAGACUUUACCCAUUAGUUUAGCGUAAAUAAGGCGGGAAAAUUGUAUUCAACUGAAUGAACUGGUGAAGAGAUUAUAUCUAAAUACUAUAAAUGAGGUAGUUGUUGGUAAAUGAUAAAAAAAAGGAUUAAAAGGUAAAGUUGAUUAAAAGGAGAGAAAGAGAAGAACAAGAAGAGCACAAGCAAAUGGAAUGAAAUUCUGUAAAAGAUCUACGAAAAUAAACUCUCUUUGGUUAUGGUGGUACGCUUUUGCCUGUAUUGGUAUUGAAACUUAUCUUGUUUAUAGGGCAGUUAAAAGAUGUACAAGCUAUAAUGAACACGAUUGGAAUGAAGUUAAAUCUGAUAAACCAGUUGGACAACUUUACACUUAUAUCGCUCUUAUUGUCCUGAGUGUAAUGUUUGUGCCAUUCUUAGUUGUUACGGCAUUAUUCCCUUCUGGAAACUUGGCGAAUGACGGCGUUCGUUUAGGUAAAGAAGCAAUUUUCGUUCAUAAUACGCAAGAUGUCACCCUGGGAAUAAGGAGUCGGGGAAGAAUACUAUGGCGCCAUCUAGCGCCAAUAUGUCAUGUAUGUCACGCGGCCAGCGCCUAUUGCCUAUUUUUUCCUGAAAUGAUUUUAAAAGCAGAAGAGAUUAAGCACGGUUUAGCUCCCAAAGAAACUAUAUGGGAGAGUUCUCUUGAUACUUUAUUUGAAAAGAAUAAUGAAGUUCGUUCGGGCAUAAAAAUCUAUAAUUAUUAA